GUUGGCAUGAGCAGGUCAUGGUUACAGGAACAAAAGCCGAAACUACAUAUUAAGAGGAGACGCGCACAUGACAGUGAUGAG